AUGGCUUGGGACCAGUUGUCCGUCAACAGGCCUCACCUGGUCUACAUCAUCCUGGGUGGCUUCACGAGUCUGUUCAUGCUGUGCUCGUCUGUCAUCAAGGAGAGGUUGUACAUUGGUGAGGCUACAGUGGCCACGAUUUGCGGUAUCAUUUUCGGUCCGCACGCCGCAAAUCUGAUCGAUCCAGGAACAUGGGGGAAUGUCGACCAGAUCACUCUUGAAUUCUCGCGUAUUGUCCUUGUGGUACAGUGUUUCGCUGUGGGCGUCGAAUUGCCAAAGGCUUACAUGGAGCGCCAUUGGCGAUCAGUCACUUUUCUCCUGAUCCCAGUCAUGACCUUCGGCUGGCUGAUGACCAGCUUGUUCGUGUGGGCACUCUUUUACCAACAUUUGAGCUGGCUCGAGAGCUUGGCGCUUGCAGCUUGCGUUACCGCUACCGACCCCGUUCUGGCCUCUUCGGUUGUUGGAAAAGGCAAGUUUGCAAAGCGAGUGCCUAAGCAUCUGCGAGAUCUGCUUUCCGCAGAAUCUGGCUGCAACGAUGGUAUGGCAUUUCCCUUCAUUUACUUGGCUUUGUACAUCAUCAACUACAGGCCGCACGCUGGCGAAGUCGUCUAUCAUUGGUUUUGCUACACCAUCCUGUACGAGUGUGUCUUUGGCGCUUUCUAUGGCGUCUGUAUUGGCUACAUCGCACGUCGUGCUAUUCGCGCUGCUCAUGAGCGUGACCUCAUCGACCGAGAAUCAUUUCUGGUCUUCUACUUCGUCUUGGCCCUGUUCUGCGCCGGCUCCGGUUCCAUCCUUGGCUUGGACGAUCUUCUGGUGGGCUUUGCCUGCGGUGUCGGAUUCAGUAACGACGGAUGGUUUACUGAGAAGACGGAGGAAUCGCACGUGUCCAAUGUUAUCGACUUGCUGAUAAACUUGGCAUUCUUCGUAUACUUUGGAACCAUCAUUCCCUGGGAGCAAUACAACUCUGGCAACCUUGGACUCGAUGUUUGGAGGCUUGUUGUUAUCGCAAUUCUGGUAUUGCUAUUCAGGCGCAUCCCCAUCAUGCUGCUACUCAAGCCAGUUAUUCCUGACAUCAAAACUUGGAGAGAAGCACUAUUUGCCGGCCAUUUUGGCCCAAUCGGAGUCGGGGCCAUUUUCGUCGCCAUUCUCGCAAGGGCCGAGCUCGAGACAGACACAACAACACCACUCAAAGCCCUUCCUCCGGAAAGUACACCGGAAUAUAACGUCAUAUAUACGAUCUGGCCGGUGACUACAUUCCUGGUCAUUUGCUCAAUCGUUGUUCAUGGAUCAUCGAUUGCCGUUUUCACGCUAGGAAAACACAUAAACACCCUCACUCUGACCAUGUCAUACACGAAGGGCAACGAGGAAGGCAUCAAUUGGACAGACCGUCUUCCUCGCAUUCAAUCGCGCUCCAAGAGCUCAAUGUCUAUGCAGUCACUCGACGAGAAGUCAACUCCGAGCGGUAUGCCUAUCGCUCCUGGUGUGCCUUUCUUGAGGCGACAGAGGGAGGAAGAUAACCCAAGUCGUACGCAAAGCCGAGCAUCUUCCAGACACAGGUCAAAGAAGUCCAAGAGUUGGGAAUAUGGGCGUGGUCCAGGUGGCCCAGAAGAUCGCGACGCCAGCGCUGGCGAGAUCUAUGAAGAAGGGAAAGCAACUGUGUUUGAAGAUGAUGAAGGCAAUGUGCUGGCCGUUGAGCAGAGUCGAGGACAGCAAGGAUCCAGAAAGCGAGAGGAACGCGAGACUCGUGAGGGACGGAGGCUAAUGCGGAAAGAGCAUGCCGAUCUGAACGCUGGUGUUGCUACUACCAAAGAUGAUCCAAAUAGUGACCCAGGCCACGAAGCCGCAGAGGAAGUCAAGAAAAUCGAGAGCGAAGGCAAAGAGGAGCUCGAGAAGCUCGAGAGGCCCGGCAAAGGGGGUCCUGCUCGUGCCUACCAAUAUGGCAACACUAUCAUUGUUGAAGACGAAGAUGGCGAAGUCAUCAAGAAAUACGACAUCCCUGCACCGGAUCGAAAGCAAAGCACUGCCGGAGAGACUGAAAAGGCAAGACAACGAAUUGGCACCAUGGGUAAAAUGCUUGGUCUUGGUCAUAAGGAGGGCAAGGUCGAGCCAGGCGCUCCAGGUCCUUCCACAGCAAGCCCUCCCAGUGGCCCAGCGGACAAGAAACCCACCGCUAGCAAUGAUGAUGAUGCUGAUGAUGAUGAACGUGUGCGCUUCACUAUCACCACUGGGGGUAGGCGUAUGAGCAAAGCCGAUUUCAUCAGUCACAUCCAAGGCAUGGAUCCGAAGACGCGUGUUCAAGCAGUGGAGAACAGCGAUGCACCCGAGACCGUGAAGCGGGAAGCGAGAAAAGAGACUCGUGAUUAUGCCCAGAUUCAGCAAGGUUAUGGAAAGCAACUGCGUGGAUCUGUGCCAGUGGUUCAUGAGCAUCCGGAGACUGGAGAGGAACAGGAAGGGACGGUCGCGAUCGAGCGAGCUGACACCAACGACUCCAACAAGCUUCAGCUCAUCUCGAGUGGCCAAGAGGUCCCAUUCCACGACCUUCGAAGAUUAGCGCUGGAACGUCAGACCACAGAAGAGGACUCGGACGAUGAUGGGACGGAACGCGUGCCGCCAAAGGCCUCGAGCUCGACUUCACAUAAACACUCUCGCAAUAUCAGCGAAGGUGAAACAGCAGCCGAGCGACGAAGGAGAGAGGGCGCUUUAGGUAUCACGAGGGAGGCGGAUAGUGAUUCCGAAGAAUCUGAUUCGCCGAGACAGCCGACACCACGGCAGAACAUUCGUUUUGCGGACCAGCCGCAACCGCAAUCACAGGACCAGCAACAAAGGCCUAGGCAGAGUGCUUUGAGAUGGGGCCAGGAUAGAGGUAGGGAACGAUAG